AUGCCCGCUUGGAGAGUUGUGUGGAGGCUGAUAGUUGUGCCGUAUGGUGCAGAUGCAGGCAUCGGAUACAUGCAUCCGACAGAAACGUCCGCUCUACGUCCGCUCUACGUCCGCUGCCGUUCUAUACCAUCCAACUCCAGCACUCGCAACGGGACAAUGGUCGUCCAUGCGUCUACCUCCCCCGAGUCGUCUGAGGAACAGAGUAAUGGUAGCUCAGGACAGGCAUCGCAGGCUUGUCGGCCAUGCAGUCAACUGAAAAGGAAGUGUGAACGGGAGCUUCCGUCCUGCUCUUUGACGUGCGAGUAUGCACCCAAGCGGAAACGCCAUGGUGGUUCUACGCCUCGAUCUGACGAAGCUGGGUCUACCUCAUCCACUGCCUCCGUUGCGUCGAAUGUCAAACCCGCGGGCACUUCUCAGUUUCCUGAUACGUUCUUUCUGGACCCAGAGCUUUUCCAAUCCGUAACCCAUUCCGAGUUAGAGGUCGCCCAAAAUGUGAAUGUCAGUGCCUUGCAGCUAAGCAAAGCGGAUCUGAGGACUUUUUACGAACAAUACUCACGCUCCACUGAUACGUGGUGCCCGAUAAUUAGCCACAAGCGUCUGGCUCAGGAUGUUCAGGCUGCAGUUCCGACCGAACAUCCUGGAAUUCUAUUAUUACUGCUAAGCAUGAGAUUGGUUUCUGAUAUCCCGAGAGACGACAAUAUGGCAACCGCGGAGUCUACCUUUUACAAAAUGACAAGAAGCAACUUGAAAGCUAUGGAAGAGGCGUCACCAGGGUCUCUCCGUGUCUUUCAAUCGCUUGUACUUGUAGCUUUGUAUGAAAUUGGCCACGGUAUUUUCCCCGCGGCGUAUCUGACCGUAGGCCGGGCUGCAAGAAUCGGGCUCUUGAGGGGUAUACACGACCGGAAGAACGCUACCCAGCUCUUUGUGAAGCCCCAGACGUGGACGUACUGGGAGGAAGAGCGGCGCACGUGGUGGGCUGUGUCGAUACUUGAAAGGUAUAUCAAUCUUGGCCCAACAGGUCUCCCUCUUGCCACUCCGGAGCCAGAACAAGGCGAGCUGCUACCCGCCGCCGACGCCGACUGGCACCGAGGCAGUAUUGGGACGAAUCAAGCUCUAUAUACCACAGGCUUCUCCCCUGAUCUAGACAUAGGCCCCUUCGCUAGGCUCUGUCAAGCGUCCCAUGUCCUCGGACGCGUGCUCAACCACCGAGACUGCCGAAAAGACACGUUAAGCCGAGAACACGUACUAAACGAAGCACUCCAGCUCAACGUGACCCUCACGGCUCUGGACAAGCAUCUCGCUCAUCCCAUGGACGAACAGCACCCCGUGGAAGGUAUCAAAACAGCUGACGUGGCCCUCUGCACCUCCGCGCGGAUGACUUUGUACCACAUGUACGCAUGCAACAUACCCGACGUCUUAUCGGAACGACGGGUAGAAGAAGCCGCAAUGCAGACGGCCUCAAUAGAAGGGCUUAAGCACAUUAUUGCUACUCGGGCGCCAUUACUAGCACGCUUCGUGCUUCGACAGGGCGCCGAGCUGCACAAGGCUAGUCCGCUAGUCAUCCACUGUCUGUAUGAUGCUGCCAGUGAGUGUCAAUGGUUUGUUCGCGAAGGUGGUGUUAUUCCGGAGGCUAAGGGUACGCUGAGGGUGCUUAUUGAGGCCUUGACACUGAUGGCGAAGCGAUGGUGCGUUGCAGGUAAAUACCUGGCUCUUUUGAAUCAGGACAGCAAUUGUCAGGCCCUUGACCUACCUGCCUUUGAUUCUGGAGCUCAGAAUGCUACGUAG